UAAUAAUGACAGCAUACAACCUGCGUCUGCAGUCACAAAAUCUCGUGCAUAUGCUGCAGAAUCGUGAAUCGUGUUACACCAGAGUCGGCAGCAAGUUCAAUCAAAGCCCAUACCUUACUUAUGAGCGAGGGUUCUACAAAUGUAUCACUCCCUGUCUUACAAUAGAUUAUGUGGCAGUGCCACUUGUUUAUCUACGCAAGUUUACCCCUGACGGAAGCAAGCUCUUGGCAUUUUCUCACGAUCAGAGAAGCUUACAUAUUUACAAAUAUAAAGGCUUCGGCGCAUCGGGCGUGGGAGAACUAAUUUCCGAAGUCGGAGAAACCGAGUGCUACAUUGCCGGAAACAGAGGCCCCGGCACACUAAAAAACACGAUAUUUGAUCGACUAUUCGCAACAAAUGAUGUUAGAAUUCUGCGCUUGUGCCAGGGCGAUUAUGGGCGCUUCUAUUUGCACCGUGAAUUUAGUGUUUUCUUGGAAAACGGACGUUAUGUUCUUCUCGCAGCAAUGUGCAUCCUGCAUGGAGCGUUGGCAACAGCGGAUUAUAUAAGCUAUCCGGAUCUGUUUGACAAACUAGACGCAUUCUCAUACAUAUUUUUUGUUGUGGAUUUGGUAUUGGGCGUAGUCACUGACAGACUCUUCCUGCCGCAAGAUUCAAUCGUUAUUGGACAUAAUCACGGCAUUUCGGUCCAUGACUCCUUGGUAGCGAUCAUGUCGAGGUUAUAUCAGUGCAUAUAUAUAUAUGAGGUGGUCGCUGGCCGCCUUGUCAAACGAGAGACAAUUGGUCCUCGGCCGAGGGGCUUUAUCGAUGAAGUUUCUUCAGAUAUAGGUGUUUUGGACGCCAAUACAAUUUUGCCAAUUACACACAUAAAACAACGCGUACUGAGUUUUUUAUAUCGACAAAUUGAUGCAAACAGCUCCAGAUCAAGUCAAAGAUAUCAGGAUUUCUACAAGAACUUCGACUUUUUGGAGCAUAUGAUAAUGGAAAAGAUGCAAUUGGUUAACAGUGACCUGAUCUUGUUGCGUUUUGAAGAACGACCAAAAGACAAUGAUAUUACGCCGCUGUUAACGUUGGGCGAGAUCCCCACUCCUCGCCGUUUUUAUGUUUUCUACACCAUACUUGGCGAGCAAGUUAUGGGAGUCUAUCAAGACGAUUCUGUGGAGCUGCUUCAAAUUAUACUGCAAUUCUAUGACCAAAUGCGUAACGUGCGUUCACUGCAUACUGGAGAUGCACCAUCGUUGCCGCCGCAAUUUUUCCUGAAGCAGAACUUUGUAGAUGCCAACAAAACGAUUAAUUUUAUGCGACAAGCAGCGUUGAGGUUUAAUCCAAGCGUUCCCGUUAGUACUCAGAGCUAUUCACCAUCGCCAUAUCUAAAAUACAAUGAAUUUAGCUACGAUGAUCGGCUCAUUUCUCCGCUGGAGCGUCCAAAGCCGUGCUCUGCCGAACCUAUUGUUUUUCGGGAUCGAACCACAAAGCUAGUUAAGUUUCGAUUGAGCGCAAAGGCGCGAAGGCAAAACAAUCCGCUGGCUCCACGCGAACUAUGUGCCUUUAUAUGCCAUCCUUUCGAACCUCUUAUACUUAGCAUACAGAAGUAUUCGCAUAUUUACGCAUACAACAUACACCUUUACAAUCACAAUACUGUUGUUGUACCAGAGAGUGCCUGAUGAAACGAAAUGUAAAUGUGAUUUUUCCUGCCCGUGCAAGAAUAUAAAUAAAAUAUAUAAUGUGAUUUUUA